AUGGCAAAUGAAAUUGGUGAUAGUGGAAUUUCAUGGAGAAGAGAUUCAUGUCAAUUGGUAACGGAUUAUGAAAUGUAUCCAGAUAGUGAUGGUUUGAAAUGUUAUGUGGUAGUUACGACAGUUGAAGCAAUUGCAAUUUAUUCUUCAUUAUUUUCGCGAGUUCCAUCUUGGGAAAUUUUAAUCGUGAACGAAACACAUAGUUUAAAAGCGGGGGAAACUACUCAAGAAUUAGAAGAAGAAUAUCAAGGAUUUACUUCAGUAGACCAAUUACCUGCUUUACAUAAAUUAUUUAAACGAUAUUUCUAA